AUGCUGCCUUAUAUCAUUGCAGCUGCCAUAACAGCUAUUAUUUUAAUAAUAUUAACUAUAGUUAUCUUUCCAAAAUUACAAGGAAAAUCUACAAAUGCAGCGAGGCCAAGGGCAGUUGCUCAAAGAGAUGGAGGUCCAGGAAGAGUCCAGGCAGUUAGGAAUCAACGAGCUAGAAUGAGAGCUAAUGCUGCCCGCCACCAAGCACCCCUUAUAGAAGAGGAACCAAAUGCCGCAGAUGAUGGUGAAGAUGGCAUUCCUGAGGCAGAAAAGGUUGAAUUUGAUGACAAGAUGGGUGCCAAGAAAAGAGCUAAAAUGGAGGCAAAGUUGGAAAAGAAGAAGGCAAGAGAAGCGGAAGAACAAAUGCGUGAACUGAGAAAGAAACGCGAAGAAGAUUUAGAAGAAGAAAGAAGGAAAGUGGAGGAAAAACGAGAGGAAGAAGAACGUAAGUUAGAAGAAGCUGCCAAGAAAGCCGAAGAAGAACGUAAAAAGCGCGAACAAGAAGAAUAUGAAGCUAUGAAAGCAGCGUUCUCAGUGGAAGGUGAGGGCUUCGAAGAAACUGAGGCUGAUGGAGAAAAUCUUCUCAAGGAAUUUGUUGAUUAUAUCAAGGCACAAAAAGUAGUUUUACUAGAGGAUCUGGCAGGUCAUUUUAAGAUCAAAACACAAGCGGCUAUCGAUAGAAUAACUGAUCUACAGGCUUCUGGCGAAUUAACAGGUGUUAUAGAUGAUAGAGGAAAAUUUAUUUAUAUAUCACAGAAAGAACUUGAAGAUGUCGCUAAAUUUAUACGACAAAGAGGAAGAGUUUCAAUCACAGACCUAGCGGAGAGCAGCAAUGACCUAAUUAAUUUAAACCCUGUUACAGUAACAUAG